CAUUUUUAGACUCUCCCAUUUAGCUUUCCGGCACGUCUCGUGUUCAACGAAAGUAUAAUAAUGUUUUCUCGAACAGCUCUAAUUGUAGCCGCUGCUAGUGCUGGUGUUAGCUUCCUUGCAUAUUGCAUUUACUUUGAUCGCAAAAGACGAAGCCAUCCGGAUUUUCGUAAAAAAUUGCUUGAACGAAGGAGAAUAGCUAAGGGAGGUAGCAGAAGUGGAAUUAAUACUGAGUUCCCUGACCCGAGCAACCCAGAUUCAUUUCAUCAAUUCUUCCUACAAGAAAUUCAAAAGGGGGAAGAACUCCUAGCUACAGGUCAAAUGGAGGAAGGAGUAGAACAUUUAUGUAAUGCAGUAGCAGUAUGUGGACAACCUCAACAAUUAUUGGGACUUUUACAACAAUCAAUUCCACCUCAAAUCUUCAACUUAAUUCUUACGCGUUUGCCUAUUGUCACUCAAAAUAUGAGAUCUAGGACAGCUCCUCCAAGUACUGUUGAAAUCGCAGAUGAUGUAGAAUAA